AUGGGCCAAAUCAAGUUACCCAUGACACUGGAGGAAGAGCCUCGCCAGGCCUUUAAGUAUUGCACUUUCAUGGUGGUAGGUUUUCCCUCUGCCUACAAUGCCAUUUUAGGGCGUCCGGCUUUGGUGGAAUUCAGAGUCGUCACCUCGAUUCGACAUCUGUGCCUGAAGAUUCCCACGGAGUCGGGAAUUGGCACUGUCCGAGGAAACCAUAAGGAGGUGAGAAAAUGCUAUAACGUCUCCCUCCAACAACCAGUAAUGGUAGUCAAGACAAGGGACCACGAGCAGUCUCUUCCCAAUAGUGUGGAAGUGGUAACGGUACUAGCGGAAGAGGCAGAUGAGUUGGACCCGCGAGUUCAAGAGGAAAGGGUGGUCGAACCGAUGGAGGAGGUCGAGGAGUUGGCUCUCGACGCAGCCACUCCUGAUAGAAGAACCAAGAUUGGGAAAAAUCUGGAGGAGAAAGUCCAAAAUUUGCUCCUAACCUUCCUCUGA